AUGAAUAUGUUGGAUGAUGAAGAUGACCAAAGCUUUCACGCUACGCGUGACGGCUACUCCCAUUUGAGCGAUGUCGAAUGGGAUGCGGUUGAACGAAUGGGUUCGACCAUGGGCAUCCAUGCUGUUAGCGUCAUGCUAGAGGCUCUCAAUAGAGAUGCCCAACAUGCUACUAUCGCCAAGUUCAUUCAAAAUGAACUUGACGCAGAACGCGAGAAAGUAGCCUUGCUUCACCAACAAGGUUCUCAACAAGCAGAGUUGUUGAGAGAACAAGGUGCUCAACAGUUUGAACUGUUGAGACAGCAGCAGGCUGCUGCUGGCGGGUCGAUGCACUCGCGUCGACCCGAGAUUUUGAAGAUUGACAUCUCAAAGGCGCGUCGCAUCGACGACGGGGAUAUGCAAGUUGCAUUUGCCCAGUCAAAUCUGGCAGGACGUGCCAAGACUUGGGCACUGGGGCUCAAGCUGCACGACCCAUAUGCGUUUGGGUCGUUGGAAGUCUUCAAGUCGCGGCUCAGACAAACGUUUGAACCGCCUAGAGCUGAGUUCAGAGCUCGAACCGAACUCUUGAAGCUCAAGCAGGGUAAGCGUGAUGUGCACGCUUACGCUCAACAUAUACGACAUCUCACGAGUUGUAUAAGUUCCAAUCCGGUGGAUGAACACACGUUGGUUUCGGUGUUCAUGCAGGGUCUUGCGGAUGGUCCCGUCAAGACUCACCUGUUCCGGCUUGUACUAGAUUCACUAGAACAAGCCAUUUCCAUUGCGGAGCAGGAAGACUUCAGUCUGAGACAGGCUCGCGCCAGCUCGACAUCAUAUCGUCAACCGAGACGAUAUGACAACGGAGGUCCAGAGCCGAUGGAACUCUGUUAUGUAGAGAGCGAGAAGGCUCGCUCUACAGGCUACAAGAAGUUGCAGAGAUGCAACAGAUGUCAAAAGACAGGACACUACGCUUACGAGUGUAGUGCCCCUCGUCCAGUGUCUCGCGACACUGGGCGUAGUGACCGUCCACCCAUGAGAAAGGGGCAGGGACGAGGGUCCGCAGUUGGUGCAAAGACGCAACAACGGGAUGGACCGUCAAAAAACGGACAGGAUCAGUAG